ACGCCGUGCCACGGAGUUCCCGCAGUCAUACGUCACACGCGGUCGUUUGUCGUUGCGGUCGCUGUGCCGUAAUAUUAUUAUUGUUUUGCGGACUACGUUCAAUAAAAUAAUAAUAAUAAUAAUAAAACACGACCGUGUCCGCUGUAACGCAAGAAUAAUAAAAUAUAAAAAAUCGAAAUACGAAAACCGCGAACGGACAAUAUAUUAUUUAUCGAAACGUCAAGACGAUAAUAAUAUUAAAACGUAUAACGUUGCACGGUUAGCCGAAUUCCGUCGUUAUAUUACAGUAUAGCGUAGUAGAUAAUAAUAAUAAUAUAUACGUAUAAUACGGUACGGGCAAACCUCAAGUGUUGUGGGUGCGUCGAAUUUCGAUCGAGGGCGGCGGUGGUAAAUUUAUUUUUCCUUCUCAGGACGAGAUACCCGAGAGCGUCGGUCUCGCGCUGGCGACCUGCAGCUCUGCCCACGCGAUAAUAACACCGUAGAAUAUUAUAUCAUAUUAUAUAUAUAUAUAUAUAUAUAUAUACAACGUCGUCGGGCAUUACCGUCUCAAAAGUACAAUAGAUUGCAAUAAGUGACAUAAUAACGUUACGUCGCAGUAGAUAGCCGCACGCGGGACAUCGCAUAGUAUUUCAUCGCCGACAAUCAUCAUGUCUUGGUUUUUUUCGGCCGACGAUGACGAGGAGGACGAAAACUUGCUCUUUAGCCCCGCACUCAUGGCCCGGAGGGCCAGUGAGAGUUGGAUCGAUACACCGCCAAUAGAGGAGAUUCCGGUCCAGAUGGCACUGCAGCGCAAAAAGAGUCUGCCGGACGUCCAAGUGCCGUUGAACGCUCCGGCGUCGAUCACCCGGGAAGAGGUGUCCGUGUUGAGUUCGGCCAGGAGGGAAGAGAUGCGUAGGGUGGAAGAAGAAAACGAACGGCUCAGAGCCAACCCACUGCUCUACCUAGUCAGUCCGCACAUGAAGGAUUGGUUCACGAGGCAACAGUUGGUGUUGGUCAUAUUGAUCGUCAACAUAUCGUUGGCGCUGAUGUUUUUCAAACUCCUGACAUCCUAGACGCGGCGCCGGCGGUGGACGGCUUGGACACUUCCGCAGAGCCAUAUACGAAAAUAGAAAACAAAAUAUACAUUUAUUAUAUUUUUUCAGACAUGAAAUGUUGUGUUAAUUCGGCGGUGACAAAUCAAUGUUAUUGCGCGUCAACGUUAAUAAUAAUUAUUUUUAUAACGACCGUUUCGGGACGAGACGGUUCGGAGCGGCACCGGACGUCUCGUCCGGAAAACGUAUCCGAUACGUUUAUUUAUUCGUUUCAAUCACUUUUUGGCAAUGUUAUAAACUAUAAAUUACAAUAUAUACAUACAUAUACAUAUAUAAAUAUAUUUAUUAUACAAUGAAUGUUAUAUAUGUAUAUGUAUGUAUAUAUAUUUACACCUAACACUACGUUUGUUGUACGGCGUUAUUUCCCAAUAAAUCGAUUUAUUAUUAUUAUUAUUAUUAUUAUUAUUAUUAUAUUAUAACACGUAGUGACACGAUAUGAGGUCGAACAACUCGACGACGGUGUCUUAUAAUAUAUUAUAUUAUAUAUUAUCAUAUAAGACUCGAGUCGAAAGCGAUUGGCUUUUAUUUCGGUAUAAUAUUAUAUUUUGUUAGUGAAUAUAUAGUGCAUUUGAUUUUUUUUCGUUCUCUCUAGAUGUUGUUGUUGUUUUUUUUUCGUUUCCCGCGUAAAAUAUAUUAUACGAUGACCAAAUAUAUAGCCAAUUAUAAUUAUUAUUAUCGUUAUUAUUAUUAUUAUUAUUAUUAUUAUUUCUAUCAUUAUUUUAUUAGUAUGAAACGUGAAAUAGAACCGAUAAUAUUGUAUAGUAGUCGUCAUCAACACAGAAACAAUAUUAUUUUGUAGUUACAUAAUUAUAAUAAAUACUAUUAUGUAUGUGGUCAAAUAUCAAUUAUAAAUCACACACACACACACACACACACACACACACACACACACACACACCACACACCACACUAUUUUACUGUCUUGGCUAAGCGUUCGUAUAAGCUUUCGUUGUUGUAUGUUCUAUAAUAUUAUUAUAUUUUACGUAUUACCACAUUAUUUGUUUAUUGUGUUUCACGGACGAGAACAAGAGAAAAAAAAUUAAAAUCAAAGAAGAAAAAGAAGACGAACGAAAUAACCUCUCCGAGACGCCGAUGCAGUGUUAUAUUGUUAUAUUAUAAUAAAAUAUUAUAUUAUCAUGUUUUGUGUGUGCACGCAAUAAUAAAACGCCACACCGACGACAGACGAA